AUGCAUUGGAUGGCUGGUACAGACUCCUCCAUGAACGGAUUGAGUGCUCAGAUGCCUGAAUGGUGUGCCUCUUAUAUGACAUGUGGAGGAUUUACUGCUCUGUGGCUUCAUGGAUCUCAUCCUCGACUAGAAGAUGGAGUUGUUACUCGUGAAAUUUACGGCUCCCGUAAUGAUCAGAGCAGUCGCUACAGAUCUGACCCAAUCCUCAAAGCUUGUCCUGGAGAUUAUUAUGUCUACAAGUUUACCAGGCCGUCUCUUUUAACCCCAGCUCCUGUAUAUUGUGCAGCACCUUUCACCACCCCAAGUGUUGACCCCUGCUCCAACUAUAACAGUUUGAUGAAACUUGGAGAUCCAUUAAUAGCUCUUUCUUGUGAUUACAAAAACCAUGUGUGUGAUCAUUAUGACUGGAAUGGCUGGUACAGGCUGUUCUACAAUGGUCAAAAUGCUCAGAUGCCAGAAUCAUGUGUGAAUCAGUACAUGUGUGGUGCAAUUUAUCCAAUGUGGCUCAAUGGAUCUCAUCCUCAAUCAAAGCCUGUCCUGGUCAUUACUAUGUGUAUGAGCUUGUCAGGCAACGGAUUUGUUCAGUUUACUGUGGCUGCUCCCCCUGUUGACCCCUGCUACAACUACUUCAUCCUGGAUGACCCAUGGAGAGCCACCAGCAAUCAAUAUUCCUCUCAGUUAAUGUGUGACAGUGGGGUGAGCUGGAGCGGCUGGUACCGUCUCUUCAUUAAUGGUCAGAGUGUUCAGAUGCCAGACACAUGUGUUGAUGAGUACAGCUGCGGCACUCAUGCUCCACUGUGGCUGAGCGGAGGACAUCCAACACUUGAGGAUGGAGUGGUCUCUCGCAAUGUCUGCGCUCACUGGAGCAACAACUGCUGCUAUUUCCAGUCCAAUCCCAUUCAAGUCAAAGCCUGUCCUGGAGGUUUUUAUGUCUAUGAGUUUGUGAGGCCGACCACCUGCAAUUUAGCAUACUGUGCAGAUGUGAGGUUUAACACUAGCUACACAACUGACACACCAGAGACGACCACAACAGAAACUACAGCUGAAACCAGAACAAUAACAUCUGAUGUCAGAAACCCCUGUUCUGAACUCAACUGCUCCAAAGAGGAAAGGUGUGGGAUGAAAAAUGGUGUUUAUGGCUGUUUAUGUAACAAAGGCCACCAAAAACAGCGAGCACCUCAAGACUCCUUUGAUUUCAAUGAGACCUGUGAGAGCAGCUCUGGCUCCAUGUCUGUGUCUCGCUGUCAGCUUUUUGAAGCUGGUUUUUCAGCUGAGCACUUACACCUCAAUGACCCCAGCUGCAGAGGAACCGUCCAGAACGGCAAAGUGGAGUUUAACUUCGACAACGAUCAACACAUCUGUGGCACAAAUCUUGUGGCCAACGGCAGCCACUUCAUCUACAGUAACUAUAUUGUGGGGACGCCGGGAACAGAAGGUCUCAUCAGCAGAGUGAGAAUCCUGAAGCUUUCUUUCAGCUGUGUUUAUCCUCAAACACAAACACUUUCCAUGAACAUGGAGAUCAACCCACUGCAGAGCACCGUGCACAAGGUCCUCCCCUCUGGUGAAGGGGUUUAUCAGGUGCGGAUGGUCCCGUAUGUGGAUGAAGAGUUCACUCAGCCCUUCACUGGUAGAGUGGAUGCAGAGCUGGACCAGGAGAUGCAUGUGGAGGUUGGUGUUGAGGGGGUCGACAGCCGCCAGUUUGCCCUGGUGAUGGACACGUGUUGGGCUACACCUGUAAAUGACCCUGAUUACAGUCUUCGCUGGGAUCUCAUUAGUGAAGGGUGUCCCAAUCCUGAGGACGACACAGUGAAGCUGCUGCAGAACGGCGUCUCCACAAGCAGCCGUUUCUCCUUCAGGAUGUUCAUCUUCACUGCAAACUCCACUAAGCUUUACCUGCACUGUGCUGUUCACCUUUGCCUUCUGUCCAGUGAACAAUGCUCAACGAGCUGUGACUCUGGACAGCAGCGGAGAGAGCGCAGGGCUCUGGAUCUCCAUGACAGUGCUUCACUAUCUAUGGGUCCUCUAGUGUGGUCUGGAGGAAACACAGAUGUUCAGUUUCUCCCAGACCAAGUGAAGGUUUCUGAGGCUUCUUGUCUGUGUGCUUCUCUGGUGCUGUUGUUCAUUCCUCUGAUGAGUCUCUUUACUCUUUCUUAGUUUAUUGACACAGAAAGUGCAACAUUUAGUUUGGAUCAUUUUAAUGGAUGUGGAACUGGUUGUGGUAUUUCUUUAUUUCAUAAAUAUAAUUUCAUGGGGCUCAGCAAUUUACUUGACAUACUAUUUUACACUGAUUUAACACACUGUGUUAUUGUUUGGGUGUACCUGUUAUAGUUCUGUAACAUCUUUUUUUUUUUUUUUUUUUUUUAAUACACCUUUAAGUUUAAAAAAUCUAAUUAAAGAAAUUGUGUAGAGAAAACAUUGUGUGUUUAACAGAUGAUUCAGGCAUUUAUUAUAAGGUGUAUAGGGUUAUAAUGAUUCAAAAAAUAAAUAAAGCAUAAAUAAAUAAAUAUAUUCUAUGA